CCCCUCCCGCCUGUUGGAAGGUGAGCGCGCGAGAGGAGUUAGUGCGUGUGCGCGAGGACAGAGAGAGAGAGAGAGAGAGAGAGUGUGUGAGAGAAGCGAAGCGAGCGCGAGGGCUCGAGACCGACUGGAUCAAUUCGGGGUUUUUUUGUUUUUAAACCGAUUAAAAGUGAAGUAAAAGCUGGACCUGGGCUCGGUUCGGAGGAGGAGAAGCUUCCGGGGAUCCGUUUACACCGAAAACAAGUCGGAAAUUCGACGCUGUUGAAGCGGGAUAGCGCCUGUGUGGAGUUUAAAUCCGUGAGGUCUUUAUCACCUGAUGCUGCAUACUCUGAUGUGAAUUAAGGAAACAUGGAGUGACAUGCUGCAGAUUAGCUAGCGGAUUAGCUGUUGCUUUAGAGGACGUGUGCAGUGCAUGUUUUUUUCCCCCCUUUGUCCAUCUGAAAAUCAAACAUGGCCGACCCGGGAAUGAUGAGUCUCUUCGGAGAUGAUGGGAAUUUAUUCUCGGAUGGUCUGGAAGGCUUGGGGGAUUGUGGGUAUUCCUCCCAAGGCCAAGCCAAUCCGAUGAACCAGCAGAUGACGCACGAGCACCAAGCUUACAGCCAGAUUCCUCCUUCUCUCCACCUUCCCACGCCUCCUGUUGCCCCUCAGCCCAAAAUAGGACACCACUUUGACCACUUUGGGCAAUACGACCCUCAAGGAGGCCGGAUGAUGGCUAACGGUCCCGGCCCUGGCCCCGCUAACGGGAUCCCGUCUCCUCAUUCGCGCUAUCACGGCGGGAACAGCGCAGCUGGUGGACAUCACGGAUAUCCAGGAGCACAGGGCGAUGGGAGAGGAGCGGGAGCUGGAGCGGGAGCGGGACAGGCGUUCCAGGACGGCGGAGGAGCCGCACCCGGGAAUAACUGGGGUUCUCAAGGGAUGCAGAUGCCUGACCAAAAUCGAGCCCAGUUUCCUCAGUCGCAGCAACAGCAGCAAGUUCACGGUCACCAAAUGGGUCCUUACAUGGGACGUGCCGAAUUUGGCGGGAUGCAGGGGCACAACCAGACUCAGGCUCCGCCAAGGAUGAACCACUUCCCUCAAGGUUUGCCUCAGGAAGCGAACCGUUUCAUGGGUCACAUGGGAGCCAAUAUGGCGUCUCCAGCCAUGCGGCAUCCGUCUCAGACUCCGCAGCAUCAGCAGGCUGGUCAGCAGUUUCUGCACCAUCACCCGGAGUCGCAGUUUCCCCAAAGUCCCUCAAAGCAGCAGCAGCAGCAGCAGCAGAUGAUGAGCGGACGAGGCCACCAGAACAUGGGCUUUAGCAUGAACAGCCAGCAAGUCGCUAACAGCAGCUCAGGUCAGUACGCUCCUUAUCCUCAGUAUGGCGGCCUGAAUCAGGGAUUAGCCAACACUUCAGGGAUGAGCCUCAACACCAGCAGCAACCCCAGUGCUCCCGUGCAGUGUUACCCCACCCCCGCGGGGCCGCAGUGUUACCCAGUCAACCAGUUGCCCCCUCAGAACAUGCACCCGACGCAGCCCAAAAUGCCCCAGCAGCAGCCGCAGCAGCAGCACCUCGCUCCUCCACCGCCUCCUCAGGGAUCUUACGCUUCUCCACCUUCCAUGUCGCCCAUGAGGAACCUGGGGGGCAACCCUGCCGGGACUCCGCCCCCUCAAAGGUGCCAGGGUCCCAUCUCGCACCCCCAGCAGCACCCCCAGAUGUACGGCACCUUGUCCCCCAAUCAGAGAGCGAUAAACCCGACCAGCCACGCAGAGGUUCUUCCUCAGCAGCUGCAGACGUCUGCGUUGCAGUUCCAGCAGGUGCAGCAGUUGAGAACUUCACCUGUGCUCUCCGUGCCCCAGCAGCCCCCGGGGUCGUCUCCACCACCGCCGCUGCCGCAGGGGAACUGGGCCUCCAGCACACACUCGUCACCACCAGCUAACCACCACCAAGUGCCUCACAUGCAGCAUUCUCCAUCAGACGCUUCCCAAACCCCGUCCUCCACCCACAUGUCCGCCCUGAGCUCCACCCUGCCGCCGGGCAGCUGUGAGACUCAGCCGCCCGACAGCGAGCCCAAGCCCAAGAAGAAGAAGAAGAAGAAAGUGAAGGCGAGUGAUGAGGCGGCGGGGGAGAAGGGCGAGGACGUUAGCGUGGCUGUGGGUGGAGCAGUAGGAGAGGCUCAGGGUGAUGGAGAAACGUCUCCACCUGAGAAGAAGAGCAAAAAGAAACCAAAGGAGAAAGAGGCCAAGGAAGCGAAAGAGCCCAAGACUCCCAAAACCCCGAAAACUCCCAAAACUCCCAAAGAACCCAAGGAGGCGAAGGAGAAGAAGGUGAAGACGACCACGCCCAAACCCAAGAGCACCAAGAAGCCCAGCAGUAAGAAGGCCGACACUGAGAGCAGCUCUAAGAAGGAGGGGAAGAGGAAGAGGGAAUCGUCCAUCGCCUCGGAUACAGAGAAAACUCCGCCCCCUUCUCCAGAGGAGGAGGACGAUGACGGGGUCCAGAAGCGGCGCUCGAGUCGACAGGUGAAGAGAAAGCGCUACACUGAAGAUCUAGAGUUCAGGAUCUCAGAUGAUGAGGAGGAUGAUGAUUCUGCAGGACCCAAAUCUCCUUCUACCACAUCUGAACAAACUGAGGUGCCUGAUGCUGAAGGUCCAGUGGUGGAGAAGAUCAUGGGGCUGCGUACAGUUAAGAAACAGCUGGAGUCGGGACAGGAAGUGGAGAUCGAGGAAUUUUACGUCAAGUUCAAAAGUUUCUCGUACCUGCACUGUCGCUGGGCUGAUCUAGAGGAACUGGAGAAGGACAAGAGAAUCCACCAGAAAGUGAAGCGCUUUAAAGCCAAACAGGCGCAUAACAACUUCCUCACCGAGAUGGAUGAUGAGCCGUUUAACCCGGAUUACGUGGAGGUGGACCGAGUUCUGGAUGUUUCUGAGAGCACAGAUGAAAAUGGAGAGCCGGUGAGUCUGUACCUGGUGAAGUGGUGUUCCCUGCCGUAUGAGGACAGCACGUGGGAGCUGAAGGCCGACAUCGACGCAGGGAAGAUCGAGGAGUUUGAGCGAGUGAUGAGUCGAGAGCCGCAGCUGAAGCGUGUGGAGCGACCUCCAGCUAGCGCCUGGCAGAAAUCCGAGAGUUCCCGGGAAUAUAAAAACAGCAACGCGCUCAGGGAAUACCAGCUGGAGGGAGUCAACUGGCUCCUGUUCAACUGGUACAACACACGGAACUGUAUCCUGGCGGAUGAGAUGGGUCUGGGGAAGACGGUGCAGUCCAUCACGUUCCUGUACGAGAUCUACCUGAAGGGGAUCCACGGGCCGUUCCUGGUCAUCGCUCCGCUCUCCACCAUUCCCAACUGGGAGCGGGAGUUCCGGACGUGGACCGAGCUCAACGUGGUGGUGUAUCACGGCAGUCAGGCCAGUCGCAGGACCAUCCAGGCCUACGAGAUGAACUACAGAGACUCUCAGGGCCGUGUGAUAAAGGGAGCCUAUAAAUUCCACGCCAUCAUCACGACGUUUGAGAUGAUCCUGACGGACUGUCCGGAGCUGCGCAGUGUUCCGUGGCGCUGCGUGAUCAUCGACGAGGCUCACAGGCUGAAGAACAGGAACUGUAAACUGCUCGAGGGACUCAAGCUCAUGGACAUGGAACACAAGGUUCUCCUGACAGGAACCCCGCUGCAGAACACUGUGGAGGAACUCUUCAGCCUCCUGAACUUCCUGGAGCCGGAGCGCUUUCCCUCAGAGUCCACCUUCAUGCAGGAGUUUGGAGACCUCAAGACUGAAGAACAGGUUCAGAAGCUGCAGGGAAUCCUCAAACCCAUGAUGCUGCGGAGACUGAAAGAGGACGUGGAGAAAAACCUGGCACCGAAAGAGGAGACCAUCAUCGAGGUGGAGCUCACCAACAUCCAGAAGAAAUACUACAGAGCCAUCCUGGAGAAGAACUUCACCUUCCUGUCUAAGAGUGGAGGAGGAGGAGGAGGAGGAGGAGGAGGAUCAAGCGUCCCCAACCUCCUGAACACCAUGAUGGAGCUGCGCAAGUGCUGUAACCACCCCUACCUCAUCAACGGAGCGGAGGAGAAGAUCAUGGAGGAGUUUAGGGAGAGCCACCCGGCCGAUCUGUCCGAUUUCCACCUGCAGGCGAUGAUCCAGGCGGCGGGGAAGCUGGUGCUCAUCGAUAAGCUCCUCCCCAAACUGAAGGCCGGCGGCCACCGCGUGCUCAUCUUCUCCCAGAUGGUGCGCUGCCUCGACAUCCUUGAGGAUUACCUCAUCCAGAGAAGGUAUCCAUACGAGCGUAUCGACGGCAGAGUGAGAGGGAAUCUGCGCCAGGCUGCUAUCGAUCGUUUUUCUCGUCCUGACUCGGACCGCUUCGUCUUCCUGCUGUGUACUCGGGCCGGAGGGCUGGGCAUCAACCUGACCGCCGCCGACACCUGCAUCAUCUUCGACUCGGACUGGAACCCGCAGAACGACCUGCAGGCCCAGGCGCGAUGCCACCGGAUCGGUCAGAGUAAAGCGGUGAAGAUUUACCGGCUGAUCACCAGGAACUCGUACGAGAGGGAGAUGUUUGACAAGGCCAGUCUGAAGCUGGGUCUGGAUAAAGCCGUGCUGCAGUCCAUGAGCGGGCGAGAGAACGCCGCUAACGGGGUUCAGCAGCUGUCCAAGAAGGAGAUUGAGGAUCUGCUGCGUAAAGGAGCGUACGGAGCUCUGAUGGACGAGGAGGACGAGGGCUCCAAAUUCUGCGAGGAGGACAUCGAUCAGAUCCUGCAGAGACGCACCCAGACCAUCACCAUCGAGUCUGAGGGCAAGGGCUCCACCUUCGCCAAGGCCAGUUUCGUGUCGUCGGGGAACAGGACGGAUAUUUCCCUGGAGGAUCCCGACUUCUGGCAGAAGUGGGCAAAGAAAGCCGAGCUGGACCUGGACGUCAUUAACGGCAGGAAUACUCUGGUGAUCGACACGCCGCGGGUGAGGAAGCAGACUCGGCACUACAGCUCCAUAAAAGAGGAUGAGAUGAUGGAGUACUCGGAGCUGGAGAGCGACUCGGAGGAGAAACCGGUUCAGAAACCUCGGCGGCCGCAGGACCGGGCUCAGGGCUACCCCCGCAGCGAGUGCUUCAGGGUGGAGAAGAACCUGCUGGUCUACGGCUGGGGACGGUGGAGGGACAUCCUUUCUCACGGGAGGUUUAAGCGUCCUCUACACGAGCGGGAUGUGGAGAUGAUCUGCAGAGCGCUGCUGGCCUACUGCCUCCUGCACUACAGAGGAGACGAGAACAUCAAGAGCUUCAUCUGGGACCUGAUCACUCCUACUGAGGACGGACAGAGCAAAACACUAACUAACCACUCAGGUCUGUCUGCUCCUGUACCGCGAGGUCGUAAAGGGAAGAAGGGGAAGUUACCGGCGGCUCAGACGAACAUGCCUCAGGCUGAUUGGUUGGCUGAGUGUAAUCCAGAUGUGCUGCUGCAGGAGGACAGCUACAAACGCCACCUCAAACACCACUGCAACAAAGUGUUACUGCGGGUGCGAAUGCUCUACUAUCUGAGACAGGAAGUGAUCGGGGAUCUGGCAGACCGCAUCCUGGAGGGAGCUGAUUCCAGUGAGCUGGAUAUCUGGAUCCCGCAGCCGCUCCAUGCUGAAGUCCCCACUGAUUGGUGGGAUGUGGAGGCUGAUAAAUCUCUCCUCAUCGGCGUGUUUAAACACGGUUAUGAGAAGUAUAACUCGAUGCGAGCCGACCCGGCGCUGUGUUUUUUGGAGCGAGUGGGAAUGCCGGAUGCCAAAGCCAUCGCCGCUGAGCAGAGGGGAGCGGACAUGGUGGCAGAUGGUGAGGAUGAAGACCCUGAGUAUAAACCCAUGCGUAUGCCCUUCAAAGAUGACCUGGAUGAUUUCACGAACUCUCCUCUGGAUGAUAAAGAGGAGGUGAUGGAUGUAGAGAGUGGUGAAGCCCCUAAGGCGAGUGAGAACGGGGGUAAAGGAGGGAAUCUGUACUGGCCUGCAGCGUCGGCUCUGACCGCACGCCUGCGUCGCCUCAUUACUGCGUACCAGCGCUGCCACAAGAGACAGGAGACGCUGAUUAAACCGGACGGACGCAGACGCCGACGUCACCGUGACGACCACCUCCUCGCUAUGGCGACUGAGGGCGGGGCUUACAGCCUGGAGCCCAGUAGGGUGGCUGCAACGGCAUAUCUAGCUGAAGGAGCUUCGUUUGUUAAAACCUCACCGUUCCUGCACGAGAGCGCCGCCCUGCUGGCCGACGGAGCUGCUUUCUUCAAAGAGAGACGUCAGAGAUGGACGAGGCGUGAGGAGGCUGAUUUUUACCGUGUGGUUUCCACGUUCGGGGUUGUUUAUGACGUUCAGAGCCAGCGUUUCGACUGGGCGCAGUUCCGGGCCUUCGCUCGUCUCGAUAAGAAGACCGACGAAAGUUUGGAGAAAUAUUACUACGCCUUCGUGGCCAUGUGCAAGCGAGUGUGUCGAAUGCAGGUCAAAGACUCGGAGCUGGCCGACCCAACGCUGAUCAUCGACCCGAUCACAGAGGAGCGAGCCUCCCGGACUCUGUACCGUAUCGAGUUGCUGCGGCGGAUCAGGGAGCAGGUUCUGCCCCACCCCGAGCUGGAGGAGAGACUCCGCCUGUGUCAGCCCAGCGCCGACCUCCCGGCCUGGUGGGAGGCGGGAAAACACGACCGGGACCUUCUCCACGGAGCCGCCAAGCACGGAGUGAGUCGCACAGACUACCACAUCCAGAACGACCCCGAGCUCAGCUUCCUGCAGGCACAGCGCAAGUUCAUCCAGAGCCGAGGAGCCGAGAUGGUCCUGACCUCCAACCCUCUCACCACCGUGGAUCUGGUUAAAGACGAGGAGCUGAAGGACGAGCUCAAAUACGACACUGCAGAGAAAGUGGACAUGGAGGAAGUGAAAGAGGAGAAAACAGAGGCUGCCUCACCCAAACAGGAAGUGAAGACUGAAGAGGAAGAGAAGAAUCAGAAAGAGGAGAAGAUGGAGAAAGAAACCGGAGCAGAAGUGAAGAGUGAAGAAAAUCACAGCAUUCCUCAAAUGACCGAAGAGGAGAAGGUCACAGAGUCAGAGGACACGCCCACGCCUCCUGUUCCUGUUGGCCAAGACACAAACAAAGAGGAGCAGGAGAACCCAGCGGGUCCAGAGAACCACAAACCCAACACUGAGAAGACCUCUGAGGAGGAAGAGGAGGAGGAGAAGAUGGAUGAAGACGACAAAUCAGAGAAAUCGUCACAGGCUGAAGCCGGCGCGUCCUCGGACAGGAAGAACUUUGACGAGGAGAGUAACGCCUCCAUGAGCACAGCGCGAGACGAGACGCGGGAUUAUUUCGGCAUGGACGAUGUGGAGCCCUCUGUGUCUCAGAUGCUCGGUGAACGAGCUGCGUUCUCCUUCUGGCCGAAGGACCGGGUGAUGAUCAAUCGGAUGGACAACAUCUGCGAGGCAGUCAUCAAGGGCAAGUGGCCAUCCAAUAGGAGGCAGUUCUUUGACUUGCCUGGCCUGUUGCCUGGAUAUGGCGCCAUGGCAACGGACAGCCCUAUGCCCAGGAGGAGCAUGGGAGACUUCUCUAUGAUGAAUCAGAGCAGCUACAGCGGGAGUGAUGAUAUCACCAUGUCACCGCAGGUCAAUAAGGACGAGGCUCUGAGUCUGUCUGUCCCUCGCCAGCGGAGACGCAGGAGAAGGAAAGUGGAGAUCGAGGCUGAGCGAGCCGCUAAGCGGCGUAAUCUGAUGGAGAUGGUCGCGCAGCUCCGCGAGUCUCACGCUGCAGAGGGUCAGACUCUAGCUGUGGACCUCACUAAAACUCUGCACGGCCUGGCUCCUUCCUCCUCCACCUCCUCUUCCUCUUCAGUGUUCCCCGGCGCCGUGGCUUCCCCAAUGGAGCUGCUGCAAGCGGCCGGAGCCUCCAGGGCCAACGGAGCCAUGCUGGAGGCUGAAAUUCCCACACGGAGGAGGAGAGGACGCAGGAAAAACGUCGAGGGCCUCGAGCUGCUCUUCAUGGGCAAUAAGAGUUCGCAGCUCAACACGGAAGAUUCAAACGGGACCAAAGGUUUUGGAGACAGGGCACGCGGGCCUGCACGAGCACCGAGACACAUUCCGGCUCCUGCGCAGAAAGAGGAGGGCGAGCAUGUUAAAGGAGAGGAUGGAGCGAGCACGAAGGACCUACAGGAGUGGCUGAGACAACAUCCCACCUACACUGGAUUCAUACCAAAGAGUGAGGAGCUUCUCCUCUCACAGCUGGGUAAACCGAAGCAGAAGAGACAUCGGUGUCGAAACCCAAACAAGAUUGACAUCAACACGCUGACCGGAGAGGAGAGAGUGCCUGUGGUCAAUAAGAGGAAUGGCCGAAAGAUGGGGGGCGCUAUGGCUCCUCCGAUGAAGGAUCUGCCACGGUGGCUGGCUGAGAAUCCAGAGUACGCCAUCGCUCCAGACUGGACAGACAUCGUCAAACAAUCUGGUUUCCUGCCCGAGUCCAUGUUUGACCGUCUCCUGACCGGGCCGGUGGUCAGAGAAGAGGGGGUCCGGCGCCGGGGACGAAGACCUAAGUCUGAGAUUGCUAAAGCAGCAGCAGCUCAAGCUUCUCUCUCUGCAGCUUCUUCAGCCUCUACCUCGGGUGUGAACCCCUUCCUGCUGAACGGCCUGUUCGGGGGAAUGGACCUAAGCAGCCUGCAGAACCUGCAGAACCUACAGAACCUGCAGCUCCUCAUGGGUUUGUCUCCUUCUCUGGGUGCAGGAGCUGCAGAUAACAAGAACGCCACCACCAUGUUGCCCCUCAUGCUGCCUGCCAUGGGCGCGCUGCCCAAUGUCUUUGGCCUUGGGGGGCUUUUUGGGGGCAACAUGGCUGCCGCUGCCGCUGCUGCUAACUUAAACGCCAAUACAAACACCACGGCCGCUUCGGAGUCUGAGGAGACAAACAAAGAUGGAGAACCCAAGGAAGAAGGUGAGGAGAAGAAGAAGGAAGCAGAGAAACCUGCCGAGACAGAGUCGAGCGACGCGAACACGGCUGCCGCUGCAGCCAAUCUCUCUGCCGGUCCUCUGGCGUUUAACCCAUUCCUGCUCUCCACCAUGGCUCCCGGACUUUUCUACCCCUCCAUGUUCCUGCCCCCUGGCUUGGGUGGUUUGGGGCUGCCCGGCUUUUCCCCAGCAGCUCUCACUGAGCUCCAGAACGCAAUGAGCGGCGCUUUAGGAGCCGCCGGAGAGGAGAAGGAGGCAAACAAGGAGACGGCGCAGAACCAGGAUGCGGUGAAACUCAGCGGCACUCUGGAGAACAGCGACUCCGAGGAGGGCGAGAACAAAACGGAGGAUCUGACCGGAGCGGCCGAGGAACUGGACUCCAUGGAGGCAGGAGAGGAAGAGGAGGACGAUGAUGAUGAUGAUGAUGAUGAGGAAGAAGUUGGAGAAGACGACGAGGACAAGAGUGACUGAAGAGACAAAUCCGCCUGACUGACUUUCUGCCUUUUACCUCUGAGGGCUUUUUUAAUGAAAAACUCUACUGAUGUCCCAAACUCUGAAUUUUUAUGUAAUUUUUGGUUUAGUUUUUUUUUGACAGGUAAAAAAUACCAUGAUGAGGGAACACAACGAUGAUGUCUCUGCAGGACUCCAGUGUAGUACACACACACACACACACACACACACACACACACACACACACACACACACACACAGGCUGUAGUGGACAUGUUCUGGGUGUGAAAGGGGUUUGGUUUGUCGCCUGUGAUGAUGUGGUUUUUAGAGGCGAUGACUGAAACAUCCCGAUCCUGUUAGGAAUGAGAAAGUUCCGAUAGUGCUGUGCUGCUUCUUUCUGUUAAAUUUAUGUUUAUUGUUAUUUUUUUUUCCUCUCUCUCUACUGUCAAUAUUGUAAACGGUGAGUGAGUAGCAUCUCGAUGACGAACGUUCAGUGGCGUACAGUUUUAAACAGCAUUAAGACGAGCGACUCUCUCCAAGCUGCUGAAACCAGAAUUGAAAAGUGAAUGAAAUGAGGAUUUUGUUUUUGUCGUACUGUUCUGCUGAGGGAUGAAGUUCUCACAUAUCAAAGCGUACACUCGGACUGUUCAAGUCUCUCACACUGACAAUCUAUACGGGUGAGGAGACGCUCGGCCUGUGGAGACAGCAAUAACCGAAGGCAGCUCCUGAAUGUUCUACUUUACCACAGUGUGUGUGAGGGGGUGGGAUCUGUGUGUGUGUGUGUGUGUGUGUGUGAGGAAGAGAGGAGGUGGGGUGUGUGUGGGUGUAUGAGGGGGCAGAUGAAGGUGUGUGUGUGUGAGUGUGUGUGUGGGUGUAUGAGGGGGCAGAUCAAGGAGUGUGUGUGUGUGUGUGUGUGUGAGGGGGCAGAUUAAGGUGUGUGUGUGUGUGUGUGUGUGUGUGUGUGUGUGUGUGAGUGAGUGAGGGGGUGGGGUUUCAGAAAAUGGACGUGUCAUGAAUUAUUGCGGUCGAAUUGUCUCAUAACGAUCUCCACGUUGAUGCACUGGUGUAAGGAUGAAAUCAGGUACCUUUAUCUAUUUGAAUGGACUUUUUGUUACUUUAGCCACCAAGCUGAACAGCAUUACCUCAAUUCUAAACUAGCCUUGAAGUUUACAGACAUAAACGUUGUAAAUGUUUUUUUCCUUUAUCUUUUGUGUCUCUUCUUUUUCCCUUUUUUUGAAACAUCAUGUAUGAUGAACUGUAAAUGGCUGCCAACUGUAGUAAUGAUGCUUUUAAUAAAAGUGACUCAUGAUAUUCGCAUAGAAACCAAA